AUGUACAAACCUAUUGUCCUUCAUGGACAUGAACGUCCUAUUACAAAAAUUAAAUAUAAUCGUGAUUGCGAUUUGAUCUUUACGUGCGCUAAAAAUUCUGAAGCCAAUGUUUGGUACUCCUACAAUGGAGAGCGACUUGGAAGCUACCACGGACACAGCGGCGUGAUAUGGUGCUUAGACGUGGACUGGAGAACGGAUGCACUUCUUACUGGUUCUGGUGAUUCAUCGUGGAGAUUGUGGAGCGUUGAGACAGGUACUUGUAUAAACUCUGUUGAAACAAAUAACCCUGUUCGAAGUUGCGGUUUCUCAUAUUGCGGAAAUCUUUUUUUCGUAACUACUGACGAGGUAAUUGGGCGUCACUGUGAAGUCAUGGUGUACGAUAAGCGUGAUGAUUCUCAUAUGUUAGGAAAAUCAAAUGUGUUUCUGCAACAAUUACCAGAGAAGGAGAAAAUAACUGUUGCUGCUUUUGGACCUAACGACGAGACUAUUAUUUGCGGACAUGAAAAUGGUUCGGUCACGCAACUGGAUGCUACAUGCGGUGAAUUCUUAAAAAAGACCAAACCACAUUCAAACAUGGUCACAGAUAUCCAGAUGUAUCCUGAUCUAACCAUGUUUGCUACUGGCUCGAAGGACCGCACAGCUAAGUUGAUUGGGUCUUAUGAUCUGGAUGUAUUCCAAACCUACUUGGCUGAACGACCCAUUAAUUCAGCUGCGAUCUCUCCUACAAGAAAUUACGUAUUGAUUGGGGGUGGCCAAGAGGCGAAAGAAGUAACAACCACGCAUACUAAGGAGGGCGGUUUUGACGCUCGCAUAUAUCAUCUAUUUUACGGCGAGGAGUUUGCUCGUGUAAAAUGCCACUUCGGCCCUAUCAAUAGUGUUAGCUUUACAAUUGACGGAAACGGGUGCGUUUUUUAUGUAAAAUUAUCUUUAUUGCAUAUUGGCAACUUCUUAAAGUAG